AUGCUUAGACCUUCGUCAAGACUCAAACUGUGUUCACCGCGGAUGCCUUUCGCCAGGUGGGCGAGCUCCAAAGUAAUAGGUAUUGACUUAGGGACGACAAAUAGCGCAGUUGCAUACAUUAGAGACCCAUUGGACUUGAAGUCGGUAACAGUUAUAGAGAAUGAUGAGGGUAAGCGAACUACCCCAUCUGUUGUAGGUUUCGACGUAAAAAACGGUUCCUAUACUGUAGGAGAAGCUGCCAAAAGACAAGCGCUGAUCAACCCUGAAAACACCUUUUACGCUACGAAAAGACUGAUCGGACGUGCCUUCCAAGACAAAGAGAUUCAAAAAGACUUAUUGCAUGUGCCCUUUAAAGUCAUCGAAAACCCCACGAAUAAACAUGCAUACUUGUCCACGUCAACGGGCGAAGCUAAGUCGCCCAGCGAAAUUGGUUCAGCAGUUUUGAGCUACCUGAAAAGAACCGCAGAGAAUUAUUUGAAUGAAGAGAUCAACAAAGCCGUUAUCACUGUACCCGCCUACUUCAAUGAUUCACAGAGACAAGCCACGAAAGAGGCAGGGAAAAUGGCAGGACUAAAAGUUUUGAGAGUUGUGAACGAACCCACAGCAGCAGCGUUGAGUUUUGGUCUUAACACUAGUGAAUAUUCAGGUAUAAUCGCCGUUUAUGAUCUUGGUGGCGGGACAUUCGACAUCUCUAUCCUCGAUAUCGAAGGAGGAGUUUUCGAGGUGCGAUCCACCAAUGGUGACACACACUUGGGUGGUGAGGAUUUUGAUAACGUCUUAAUAGGCUAUGUGGUCAACAAAUUUGUUGAGGCCAACACAGAAGUUAGCAAAGAGGCCCUCACCAAGAAUCGGGAAGCAAUGCAGAGAAUAAGGGCAGCUGCAGAGCAGGCCAAGAUAGAUCUAUCUCACGUCAAAGAAACUCGUAUCAACAUUCCUUUUAUUGAGAAUAAUAAACACAUCAACCUACUCAUAAAGGAACAUGAGCUGGAUGAUAUGACAAUGACGUUGAUCGAAAAAACGAUUCCCCCCGUCAAACGAGCCAUGAAAGACGCCGAGAUUGAGCCGGAAGAAGUUGAGGAAGUCAUUUUGGUAGGCGGCAUGACGAGAAUGCCAAGAAUAAGGUCUGUCGUUUCUGAUGUUUUUGGAAGAGAGCCAAACGCUAGCGUGAAUCCAGACGAAACGGUGGCUUUAGGCGCUGCCAUUCAGGGUGGGGUGCUCUCUGGAGAAAUAAAAAACGUUUUGUUGCUAGAUGUUACGCCGUUGACUUUGGGCAUUGAAACGUACGGCGGUGUGUUUUCCCCAUUAAUUCCGCGCAAUACAACUGUACCAGUGAAAAAAACCGAAGUUUUCAGCACUGGUGUUGAUGGUCAAACAGGCGUCGACAUAAGAGUCUUCCAAGGUGAGAGAGGACUUGUCAAAGACAACAAAUUGAUUGGAGACUUCAAACUUGCUGGUAUUGAACCAAUGCCGAAAGGUGUGCCACAAAUUGGAGUAACUUUUGACAUUGACGCUGAUGGCAUUAUAAACGUGUCUGCAGCUGAGACUGGUACUGGCAAAGAAAACUCUAUCACAGUGAUUGCAAAUUCGGGCCUUACAGAAGAAGAAGUCAACAGGUUGGUCGAGGAUGCCAACGCAAAUAGGGAACUGGACAAUUUGAUACGGCAAAGGGUUGAACUUAUCACCAAGGCCGACAUCAUGAUUUCAGAUACUGAAAACGCAUUUAAAAGGUUCAAACAAACAAUUAUAAAGAGCCCGCUAUACUCAGAAGUUCUUUCAGAGUUACGAAGUACACGUAACAUGAUCACAGACUUCAAAGCAAAUGAAUCAGACCUAAGUACUGAUGUUAAUGACGUUAAGAAAGCCACGGACCAGGUUCAGAAACGAGCAAUGCAGCUAUUUCAGGACGCAGCCAAAAAAUAG